UAUAUAUAUAUAUAUAUAUAUAUAUAUAUAUAUUUAUACUCAGAAUCAGCUGUUUAUUUUCGUACCCAAACACUGCAGCUUGUAGCUCUCCAGACUCUGAGUAUCUAGGAAGUUAUUUCAGUCGCCGUUUUAUUUGUUUUGAGCGUCCAACCAAACUGCAAACAUGAGCGCGGACAACUCGACCCUGUGGGACGGCUUGUUUUCUCCGCCGGUGUGCGGCGGCUGGAGCAACAACACCGAGGGCGCCAUCUAUCACCUGGGCAACACCAUCCUGUUUCUGGGCUACAUGGGUGGCAGUGGGGCCUUCGGCGCCCUCUUCAUCUUCGGCUUCCUGUCGCCCGCCUUCCUGUGCCUCGCCCUGUGGGGCUGGCUGACCGUGUGCGGCCCGGACGUCGUCUCCUGGAGCCUGCUGCUGCUGGCGGCCGCCCUGCUGCAGAUCUGCCACCUCCUCUACCGGCUCCACCAGGAGGGCCUCCGCGGCGAGGAGCUGACCUCCCUCUACCAGGCCGUCUACCUGCCGCUGGGCGUGCCAGUCCAGGCGUUCAAGGACAUCGCCAAGGCGUUCAAAAACAAGGCGGUGGAGCUGAAGGCCGGAGAGACGUACGCCCUGGAGGGCAAGACGUACAUCGACCAGCUCUCCUUUCUGCUGUCUGGGAGGAUCAAUGUGUCUUUGGAGGGUCAGUUCCUGCAUUACAUUCACCGGCACCAGUUCCUUGACUCCCCUGAGUGGGAGUCUCUCAGACCAAAUGAAGAAGGAAAGUUCCAGGUGACGCUGACGGCAGAAGAAGACUCCCGCUACGUCUCGUGGAGUCGCCGCCGUCUCUACAUGCUGAUAUCGAAGGACCGUUACAUUGACAACCUCUUCUCCGUCAUGCUCGGCUACGACAUUUCCGAAAAGCUCUACAACCUCAACAACAAGCUCUACAUAAAGAGCGGCGUGCUACUGGACAUCCGCCUGCCGAGCCUCUACCACGUCCUGGCGCCCUCCUCGCAGGGCAGCGACGGCGGCAGCGGCAGCGACGGCAAAGAACAACACAGCCAAGACCUGGAACCAGCCUACCAGUCGUCUCACCCCGGACCAUCUCAGGCCCUCAAACCUGACCAACAGGGACCAAGGACAAGCAAUGUGUCCGCUGAGGACGGUCCCCAUCACCGCCCCUGGGCCACGGAGAUGCCAUCUGGUGAGGAUUCCACUAGCCUGGUCCUGGAGGACUUUGCUGAUGUGGCGGGCUCCUUAAUGGACUAUGGCAGUGAGAAAGAUUAUUUAAGGUAGAGAGGCAGGGUGCUGGAGCUAACACACUGGGUCACCACGUAAGCUACAUGAGGUGCCGGUGAUGGGAAUUUACCUCCUCGGUUCCAGAGACGCAGAGCUCCGCUGGCUCCCACCGACACGCCCAAGCUGUGAAGCCAGCUCCUUCUUCUUCUUCUGUCUUCAGUGCAGCAGAACGAAGCAGACUCUUGCUCGCAUCUUCUCCAGCCCCAAACAUGUGGGACAUUUCGUCUUUGUUAUUUUUCCCUGCAUCCUUUUGCUGAAUGAUGCUGAUAACACACACGCUCCCCUCACCCUAACCACGCCCCAUUAGUUUCUCGUGUCACAUUUUAAAGAACAUUUGAACUAAUUGAUGCGCUAUUUAGAUUAUUUUAUUUUCAAAUGAUGCUAGCGAACUAUUUCUUUAUUGGUACACAAGGAUUUUUAAGUGGAUUUAGGUUCAGUGAAAACCAUAUAUUUACACACUGCAUAAAAAAAUUGUUUCCUCACUCUGAAUGAGUUAAUUUUUUUUCUGCCACACUUCUCUGUUAAAAACGCUGUAGAAAUAUCCAGAUAUCAUACGGUUUAUGAAAGAGAGCGGUUUUCUGUGCCAGCCGAGAGAAGGGUUUUGGUGUUAAAUGAAACCCAGAACAUGAACAAAAUACCUAGUAGAGACGAAAGGACAUUCGGAGGAAGAAGCUAUUACCCAUAAGGACGUGUAACAGUCUUCCAGUGCAGAUAAAAACCUUAAUCAUGGAGACAGGUUCUGUGGUUUGAUGAAACAGAAACUUGAAGACGCGAUCCACUAUUUUCACUUCCGAUACCGCUACCGAUAUUUGAGGUUUAGAACCAGCCGAUACAGAAAAACAGUGCUGAAUUGACUUGAAAUGUUUCUUUUUUUUUAAAACACAGACCUAAAAGUACCAAAUUACAACUUUCUUUGAUAAUUCUGCACAUUUAAAUGCACCAGCAGCUUCACAUGCUAACAUGUAAAAACACCACGACUUUAAUUUGUUCAGUAUAAGAGCCGAUGUGAAAUAAAUGAUAAACUGAAAAUGACCAAAACAACAGGCUAUCUACCUUGGUCAAACAUGUAAAUAAUAAAGAAGGAGCAACAACAUGAUGUCGCUCAGAGUACAAAGCAUAGAAUUAGAUUUAAUAGAUCUACCCUUACAGAUUGGGCACAUUGUCACAGAUACCCAAUCUAUAAUUAAAAAAAAAUAAUAUCGGGAUCGAUACCGAUAUUAAUAUCUGAUCGGUGCAUCUCUACUAAUAUUAAGAAUUUUGGCUACAAUAACUACAAUUAAAUUUAGUUAAAAAUAUAAAGAACACUGCUAGCAUGAGAGCAACACGCCAGCAAUAAGUUACAGUGUUGGCAGCAUCACGUCGAGUAAAGCUUGGUCACAAACGGAUCUUCUGAUUGGACGACCAGAAUAUCACCAAAUUUAAGUUGAGAAGGGGCUUGAGGAAAACAAGUCGAUUUUUUUGAAGUGACCAUCACCAAACCGUAAAAAAUGCAGAAAAAAAAGAGGUAGUAUAUAAAUGUAGCAAAACUCGUUUUGUCAAGAGGAAUGCUAAUGCUAAUGUCUAGCUAACUAUUUUGACGAGCUUGUGGAAGGAAACCCAAAACCUCUGACACAAGCUAUCCAGCUUAAAGAUCAUACGUUAAGCAGACCUACAUGAAUCUCAGAAAUGAAAGAAAAUACAAAGGAAUUAGCUCAUUCUUGCAUUUAGCAAACAGAAAUACAUCACGUAAUCCUGACUGAUCUUCAGCAGGAACCUUUUAGUCAGAUGUGCCAAAGCAUUUAGGGGAAAAUGUUGUUAGAUUAUGUGUAAAAAUCUAGUAGAAAACCGUAGUUAGCCUCCUUAACUCUAUUUUGAAUCCAACUUUUGACACUGAUAGAUGUUUUUGCCAGAAGCUGUUCACCUUCAACAGAGUUUUUCUUGGUUUUUAAAGGGACUGCGUGAAUCAAAAGAAAAGCAAAACAAAACCUCAGAAUUAUCGUCACAAGCUCUUCUACUGACGAUGAUGAAUUUCUUCACUUUGUAGAUAAUGCAUCCCACUAAUGGUAAUAAACUCAAUUAGUUAAGACCUUCAUGGAGGGAUUUAUCAUACUUUCCAUUUUCAAAACAUUAAUUUUCCACGUAUUGAUUUAAGAUUCACUUCUACUCUACUUAAUCACUGUUUUGUCUCACAAAUGAAACUGUUUAUCCUAAUGAGUCUCGCACGGAUCCUCUGGAUCUGAUUCACUGGAACUAGAUGGGAAACCAAUCCCAGCACUAACUGGGAUCUGGGAGAACAAGUGAGGAAAACUUUUCAUGAGAGUUGCAUAUUUCUCCUUGUUUCUGUAAUGAGGAAACGUACUUCUUUCCAUUUCUCUGAAUCCUGAUCCUCCUGGAGGACGGAGGACGCUUUCGAUGAAUUCAUCCAUUUGGGGUUGUUUUUUUUUUGUCCCCUCGUAUUUUGUCGAAGUUAAUGGUUUAGUUUUUCUUCGAUGUCUUGCUCUAAUUUCAUAAACGUGUGAAAGCUUGUGGUUCUGAUGGUGAAUUUCUCUAGCAGAUGUCCUUUUUCCCUUUGUUCCCAGAUGACUCAAUACGUGCCUGCAGCUCACAUGUUGAGUUUUAUUACAACAGGCGAUGUAGUAUGCAAAUUAAAACGAUAAAUUGAGCCGUUUCUGUUAUUGAUAACGAAAGAAAAGAAUAAAACAAUCAUGGGGCCAACAUUUCUCCAUAAAGCUGUGCAGUGAAUGUUUUCCAAAUGUCUUCUGUGCAUAUGUUUUAUGUUUUCUUUUUUGACAGGAUUAUACAGACCGUGAUGAUUGUACAAUCCAGACUUCUGGCGCUUCACUGACUGUAAAUCACUACGAGAAGAA